CCCGACAGACUGAAGGCAGAAAGAAAAAGAGAGAAGAGAAAGAGUGAGAAACAAGAGAGAGGUGUCUCCAUUAUUGUUUCUUCUCGUAUCCCUUCUCUUUUGAGUCAUAGACAGUGAGUGAGUCCCAGACACUGAGACUAAAACAAAAACUCCAAGAUAUUUGCAUCAGCAGCAGUGAGCAAUGGAGGAGAGGCCAGAGACGGAGCUCAUUUCCAUUCCGGCUACUCCACGUGUCUCGACGCCGGAGAUACUGACGCCCUCGGGGCAGAGGUCGCCGAGGCCGGCUUCCAAGGCGUGGACGCCCACGUCCUUUAUAUCGCCCCGGUUUCUGAGCCCAAUAGGGACGCCGAUGAAGAGGGUGCUGAUAAACAUGAAGGGCUACUUGGAGGAGGUGGGUCAUCUCACCAAACUCAACCCACAAGAUGCAUGGCUUCCUAUUACUGAGUCUCGCAAUGGGAACGCUCAUUACGCUGCGUUUCAUAACCUCAAUGCUGGGGUUGGCUUUCAGGCCCUCGUUUUGCCUGUUGCUUUCGCUUUUCUAGGCUGGAGUUGGGGAAUACUUUCCUUAACCAUAGCCUACUUUUGGCAACUUUAUACAUUGUGGAUUCUAGUUCAACUACAUGAAGCAGUUCCAGGGAAGAGGUACAAUAGAUAUGUGGAACUUGCACAAGCAGCAUUUGGAGAAAGACUGGGCGUUUGGCUUGCUCUCUUCCCAACUGUUUAUUUGUCAGCAGGAACUGCAACAGCUCUGAUUCUCAUAGGAGGGGAAACCAUGAAACUAUUCUUCCAGAUAGUUUGUGGCCCACUCUGUACAUCAAACCCUCUAACAACAGUAGAGUGGUAUCUGGUGUUCACAUCUCUAUGCAUUGUUUUAUCCCAGCUGCCAAACCUCAACUCAAUUGCAGGACUCUCUCUCAUAGGGGCAGUGACAGCCAUCACUUAUUCUACUAUGGUGUGGGUACUCUCUGUAAGCCAACAAAGACCACCCCCAAUCUCCUACCAACCCCUUUCAUCCCCGUCUUUUUCUGCUUCCGUCUUCUCAGUCAUGAACGCCCUUGGAAUUGUGGCCUUUGCAUUCAGAGGUCACAAUUUAGCCAUGGAGAUCCAGGCAACAAUGCCGUCAACCUUUAAGCACCCUGCUCAUGUUCCUAUGUGGAGGGGGGCUAAAGUUGCCUAUGUGUUGAUUGCCAUGUGCAUAUUUCCUGUCGCCAUUGGAGGUUUUUGGGCUUAUGGAAACCUUAUGCCAUCGGGAGGAAUUCUCAAUGCCUUGUAUGGAUUUCACAGUCACGAUAUUCCAAGAGGACUUCUUGCAAUGACCUUCCUUCUGGUUGUGUUCAACUGCUUGAGUAGUUUCCAAAUAUACUCAAUGCCUGUUUUUGACAGUUUUGAAGCGGGCUACACCAGCCGAACCAAUCGCCCUUGCUCAAUCUGGGUCCGAUCUGGUUUCCGGGUUUUCUAUGGGUUCAUCUCCUUCUUCAUUGGUGUGGCACUGCCUUUCCUCUCUAGUCUUGCUGGUCUGUUAGGAGGACUUACUCUUCCAGUCACAUUUGCAUACCCUUGCUUCAUGUGGGUUCUUAUAAAAAAACCUACGAAGUUCAGCUUCAAUUGGUACUUCAACUGGAUCCUGGGGUGGUUGGGGAUUGCUUUUAGCUUGGCCUUUUCCAUUGGAGGUGUGUGGAGUAUGGUGAACAGUGGACUUAAGCUGAAAUUCUUUAAGCCCAGCUAAGAUCAGAUAAUCAAGAAUAGCCAUAAGAGGCUUCUGCAUUCUAUAGACUUUAUUCUGUAGGACUUAUAUUAUAUUUGUUGUUCCAGUUGUGGCUGCAAACUCAACCCUUAAUGUAUGCAUCUGUUACUUAUGGCACAUAGCUUUUUAUUGAGUUCUACUUCAAGAAUUUAUGUAAUUUUCCUCUUUGUCAAACAGUUUGGUUUCUCUCUUGA